CGGCGCGGCCCAGCGGGACGGGGCGAGGCCGCAAUGGCGGCGGCGGGACGGGGGAACGGGAACGGGAACGGGAACGGGAGCGGGAGCGGGGUCGUGUCCGCCGCCACCCGCCUGCAGGCCUACGCCUGGUGCCGGGAGUUCCUCGCCGGUUCCUGGAAACUGAUCGGGCCCGAGGAAUUCGGGAUCGGGCCCGUCAGCGGGGGGCUCAGCAACCUGCUGUUCAAGUGCACGCUGCCGGAGCACAUCCUGAGCGUGGGGGACGAGCCCCGGCAGGUCCUGCUGCGUGUCUAUGGGGCCAUCCUGCAGGGCGUGGACUCGCUGGUGCUGGAGAGCGUGAUGUUCGCCAUCCUGGCCGAGCGGGCGCUGGGGCCACGGCUCUAUGGGGUCUUUCCCCAGGGGCGGCUGGAGCAGUACAUUCCGAGCCGGCGCCUGCGGACCGAGGACCUGUGGGACCCCGACAUCUCCAAGGAGAUCGCGGUGAAGAUGUCGCGGUUCCACGGCAUGGUGAUGCCCUUCAACAAGGAGCCCAAGUGGCUGUUUGGGACCAUGGAGUGGUACCUGAAGCAGAUUUCGGAGCUCACCUUCCCCGAGGAAGAGCAGCUGAAGAAGUUCAACCACCUCAAGACUUACAACCUGCAGGAAGAGAUGAAGAGCCUCAGGGAGCUGCUGGAGUCCACCCCCUCGCCUGUCGUCUUCUGCCACAAUGACGUCCAGGAGGGGAACAUCCUGCUGCUGGCCGGGCGUGAGGCUUCCUCCUCCGACAGGCUCAUGCUCAUCGACUUCGAGUACAGCAGCUACAACUACCGGGGCUUCGACAUCGGCAACCACUUCUGUGAGUGGGUUUACAAUUACACCCACGAUUCCUGGCCCUUCUUCAAGGCUUCCCUGGAGAACUACCCCAGCCGGCAGCAGCAGCUGCAUUUCAUCCGGCACUACCUCUCGGAGGACUCGGGGCGAGGCGGGGACACCACGCACGAGGAGCAGGCCCGCAUCGAGGAGGAGAUGCUCACCGAGAUCAACCGGUUCGCUUUGGCCUCUCACUUCUUCUGGGGCCUGUGGUCCAUCCUGCAGGCGAAGAUCUCCACCAUCCAGUUCGGGUACCUGGACUAUGCACAGAGCCGCUUCGAGGCCUAUUUCCAGCACAAGGCGCAGUGGUCCUGAGAGCGGCCGACCCAGCCCUGCCUGCGACUCCGCAGCCGCCCCCUGCCCACCCCGGCAGCGCCAGGGACACGGGACCGUCCAGGGACACCAUGUCCCCUCCUGGGGGGGCUGCCUCUGUGCCGCCGGGGGGCUGCCCCCCAGCCCGGACUGCCUGGCCGGGGGCUGUAACGGUUUUGGGGGACUGCUGUCUGUCUCUGCUCCCCAGGGCUGCACAGCGGAGUGGGGAGAGAGGUGGGUCUGCCCGGGCGUGUGCCCCCUGGGAAAAGGGGGACAUCCUGCCCCGGAGAGGUGGCACGUCGGCCAUGUCCCUGCCUGCGCCUGCGGUGCUGCCUGCAGCUGCCCUCUCACUGCCCCUGUCACAGCUCCUCUGCGCUGGCCUGUCCCUUGCCUCUGCGCUGCUGGCACCGAGUGGGGCUUGAGCAGCGGGUCCCGGCUGGGGGGGGACACAUGGCUCGGCUGUCCUGGCUGUCCCCUGUAUGGUCCCGCUGCUGAGAGGGGUCCGGGCAAGGAUGCUGAGGGGUCCCGGGGUGCUGCUGGGGGCAGAGGGGUGCGGGGGACCCACAUUUGUGACUCAUUCCCCCCCCGCCCCCCUCCCAGCCCCCCGGGGACGAGGCAGGACCUGUGCGCUGCUGGCCGUCCCUGGUGCCUGGUGUCCCUGGGGGCCGGGGCCGCUGCUGACCCCCCCCGACAGCAGAAUGUAACCUGCCCUCAGACCAAUAAACGCUGCGCUGGGCCCCA